AUGUUCGUAUCUAUCUCAUUUUCAUCAUAUCUUUCUAAAUUUGUUCCUUAUCUAUCUACCUAUCUCAGUCUGUUCAUAUCUAUCUAUCUAUCUAUCUAUCUAUCUAUCUAUCUAUCUAUCUAUCUAUGUCAGUCUGUUUACAUCAAUUUAUCUAUCUCAGUCUGUUCAUAUCUAUCUAUCUAUCUAUCUAUCUCGGUCUGUUCAUAUCUAUCUAUCUCUCUCAGUCUGUUCAUAUCUAUCUAUCUAUCUAUCUAUCUAUCUAUCUAUCUAUCUAUCUAUCUAUGUCAGUCUGUUUACAUCAAUUUAUCUAUCUCAGUCUGUUCAUAUCUAUCUAUCUAUCUAUCUAUCUAUCUCGGUCUGUUCAUAUCUAUCUAUCUCUCUCAGUCUGUUCAUAUCUAUCUAUCUAUCUAUCUAUCUAUCUAUCUAUGUCAGUCUGUUUACAUCAAUUUAUCUAUCUCAGUCUGUUCAUAUCUAUCUAUCUAUCUAUCUAUCUAUCUAUCUAUCUAUCUAUCUCGGUCUGUUCAUAUCUAUCUAUCUCUCUCAGUCUGUUCAUAUCUAUCUAUCUAUCUAUCUAUCUAUCUAUCUAUCUAUCUAUCUAUGUCAGUCUGUUUACAUCAAUUUAUCUAUCUCAGUCUGUUCAUAUCUAUCUAUCUAUCUAUCUAUCUAUCUCGGUCUGUUCAUAUCUAUCUAUCUCUCUCAGUCUGUUCAUAUCUAUCUAUCUAUCUAUCUAUCUAUCUAUCUAUCUAUCUAUCACAUUCUCUUUAUAUCUAUCUGCCUAUUUCAUCUACUCAUUAUCUAUCUAUCUAUUUCGGUGUGAUCAUUAACUAUUUAUCUAUCUAUCUGAUUAUUUAUCUAUCUAUCACAUUCUUUUUAUAUCUGUCUAUCUAUUUCAGUCUGUCCAUUAUCUUUCUCUCUCUCUCUCUCUCUCUCUCUCUCUCUCUCUCUCUCUCUCUCUCUAUCUAUCUAUCUAUCUAUCUAUCUAUUACAUUCCUUUCAUAUCUAUCUGUCUAUUUCAUCGCGCUAAUUAAAUAUCUAUCUCUCAAUCUAUUUCAGUCUGCUCAUUAUAUAUCUAUCACAUUCACAUCAUAUCUAUCUUUAUAUCUAUCUAUUUCAGUGUGCUAA